AUGUCGUUGCCCAAGAUAGUUUGCUUCGCUCUGCUCAGUCUGGCCCUUGGCCAACUCUAUCAGGCUGCCAGCACGGAGACCGUGUCCGUGUGCCCCACCAACUUCACCCGGGUGGCGGACAAGUGCCUCCUGGCGGACAACAGCUGGAAGAACUGGUACGAUUCGGAUCGCCACUGUCGCUCCCUGAACGCCGGACUGCUGAGUAUCAAGAACCAGACAGAGCUGAAGGCGAUCCAGGAGUGGCUUCCCGUGGUUUGGCCCUAUGGCACAGAAUUCUGGACAGCUGGCAAUAAGUUUGGCGAAACGAAGACCCUGAUCGACUACUACUGGCAAAGCACCGGUGAGCAGGCGCUCUACCUGCCAUGGAACCAGGGCCAGCCCACUCCCGCCAGCGGCGACUGCCUUGUGCUAUACGCAAGCGUCAGCAUGUCCACCGGGCAGAUGGUGAUGGAUAAGCACCUCCUGACCGUGAAGAACUGCACCCAGUGGGCGGGCCACAUCUGCCAAGCGCCGCUGCAGCAGUUCACCACCCAGCUGUGCCUCAAUCCCAGCGCCGUCUAUGAGGCCAAAGUACCCGUUUAGGCUAAAUUCAUCAAAGGAUAUUGAUAAGUUUUUAGCAACAAAAAUAAAUUCAAUUAAAUUAAACAAAA